CGCGUUUCCACUUUUUGCCGCUACUCAAGGACUCGACCAUUCACAACACCAUGGUCUGAAGACGUCACGAGUGCCCGCAGAGAUGGUGACCAAAGUCCUCUGUGUGGCAGAAAAGCCUUCCAUUGCCAAAGCUGUCGCUGGCCAUUUAUCUGGAGGCUCACAUCGUGUUUCCAAUACACGCACGCAAUGGGUCAAGAACUACAUCUUCUCGUACACCUUUCCCGCAUGGGGCGCCUGCGAGGUAACCAUGACGAGCGUUGCUGGUCAUCUCCAAAGCACGGAUUUUGUGCAGAAUUUCAGAAACUGGAAGGCAUGCGAUCCGGAACAUCUCUUUGAUGCCCCAUUGGUAACCUAUGUCGACGAGGACAAGAAGGGUAUUGCUGCGAACAUCGAGUCACAAGCUCGUAACACGCACAUCCUGUUCAUCUGGACCGACUGUGACCGAGAAGGCGAACACAUCGGCAGUGAAAUCAGGGACGUAGCACUAUCAACCAACGCUCGCUUGAGACAGCCUGGAAAGAUUGUUCGCGCGAGAUUCUCAAACAUCGAGAAGGCGCAUAUCGUACAGGCUGCUCGUAAUCCCAUCCUGCUUGACGAUAACCAAGCCAACGCUGUCGCUGCAAGAAUCGAACUUGAUCUUCGUAUUGGUGCUAGCUUUACACGUUGGCAGACAAUGGAAAUUGUUGAAUACCUCAAGGCUCGUGGUGUCUUUGCUGCAGAUGAGAGGAAGCUCAUCAGUUACGGUAGCUGUCAAUUUCCCACACUUGGCUUCGUCGUCGACCGAUAUUUCGUAGUCAAGAACUUUGUACCUGAGCCCUACUGGGCCAUCAAGGUGACACACAUCAAGGAAGACAUCACUGUCAACUUCAGGUGGGCUCGGACCAAUCUAUUCGACCGCAUGGCCGUGAUCAUUCUGUUUGAGAGGUGCUUGACGGCAAGAUACGCCAAAGUCAUCAAAGUACAGACUAAACCUGCCAGUAAGUGGAAGCCAUUACCACUCACUACAGUUGAGUUGCAGAAGAUGGGCAGCAGAUUCCUGCGCAUGGACAGUCAAAGGGUCAUGAAGAUUGCAGAAGAUCUCUACAACAGAGGCUUCAUAAGCUAUCCCAGAACGGAAACCGAUCAGUUCGAUAAAGGCAUGGAUCUGAUGGCUUUGGUUCGGAAGCAAACGCAAUCACAUGCUUGGGGACCGUUUGCUCAGAAUCUUGUUAGCGGAGGCUUCAACCAGCCAAGACAAGGUCGUAACAACGACAAAGCCCAUCCUCCCAUUCACCCGGUCAAUUUCGUUACCCCGAAUGCACUUAGCAACGAAGACGAACGCAAAGUAUACGAAUUCGUGGUCCGGAGAUUCCUCGCCUGCUGCAGUGAGGAUGCAAGAGGUUCUCGCGACGAAGUGGGAAUAAUUUAUGGCACCGAGACUUUCAACGCAUCAGGACUCUCGGUGCUUGCGAGAAACUAUUUAGAUGUUUAUCCCUACGACAAGUGGACUAGCACGGAACAGCUUCCGCAGUUUCAGGUCGGAGAAACAUUCGAGCCUACCGAAGCCAGAAUGACGGAAGGCAAGACCAGCCCACCUGGAUUCUUGACCGAGCCAGACCUUAUUGCCCUCAUGGACGCAAAUGGCAUUGGUACUGAUGCUACAAUGGCCGAGCACAUUGCCAAGGUCAAACAACGUGAGUACGUCAUGACUCGACCUCGAGCUCAGAGAGCGCCUACGCAAGAUGGCGACGAGAGAGAAGAGGGUGAAGCACCGCCAGUCCUACCAGAUGACGAUGGAGGUGGAGGCAGGGGCCGUGGUCGAGGUAGAGGAAGAGGCGGCCGAGGUGGUGGAGCAGGCGGACGUGGCGGAGGCCAGCAAGGUGGUGUGCAGGAGUUCAUACCAACGACACUAGGUGUGGCCCUUGUCAAAGGCUACGAGGACAUGGGGUUCGAGAUGAACCUGAGCAAGCCCUUUCUCCGAAAAGAGAUGGAGAACAAGAUGAGAGCAAUAUGUGCCGGCACUACAACCAGAGGUGAUGUGGUUCACGAGAGCUUGGACAUGUAUAGAGAUGUCUAUAUCAGGACCCGGCGAGGCAUCAACAUCUUGAAAGCGUCGGUCGACAAAUAUGUGCCGGGCGCAAGAGGUAACAGGUGAUCAUGGCAGGGACAAUCCCUCCAUCCCUCGAUAAAUAUGGGGAAGGAACGAGCAAACGUGGUCGGAAGUCAUAAAAUGACCUGCCUGUGGAUCAUGUCUACGGACUUGAAUCAUUGUGCUUGCUAUGCUUUGACGUGUUGAUAAAAACAACGAAUGCAGCGAAGUUUAUGUGUCGCUGUGGAUGGAACAGCAAUUCUUGAUGACCAAAAACAAUGGACCACGACUAUCAAAUGCAUGAGCUUUCAGCCACUUCUGUUCCAAAGCGAAGGACGAUCAAUUUGUCAUUAAAGUGACAUGCAUCUCAGUAGGGUUCAUCCACGACCUCGGUCCGCAUUGUAGACUCAGCCAAGAAAUACCCCAAU